AUGACACUAUCUCCGGAUUUAGAACGGCAGCAGAAGCAGCCGCGAACCGACAUUGCUGUAGCCGAUCGGAGCGUCAGCGAGACGCGUUACUUCGACGACGUGACAAUAACCACGGGCGACAUUUGCGACAAGGAGGAUGGGCGGUUGCUGCUCGCAGGGGCAUGCGACAAUUGCGAGGAUGGCGGCGCGGCUCCGGUGAUAGAAACGACAGCCGUCGGUGAUGGCCAAGGCACCAAUGCUGCUCCUGCUGUUGACAUUUUCCAGGAGGAGGCGGCGGAGGAGGAGGCGGAAGAGGAGGGGGAGGAGGAGGCGGAAGAGGAGGGGGAGGAGGAGGCGGGGGAAGGCGAGGGAGACGAUGGAGAGCCGAGCCUGUGGUCGGCAUUGACGUUCGCAUGGGUGACCCCCACAAUGCGCCUGGGCGCGCGCACAACGCUGCAGUCGGCGGACCUCCCCCCGCCCCCGCGCACCUGGCGCGCGGAUUGGCUGGACGCACAAACGGCGCGCAUAAUGGACGGGGAGCAGGGGGAGAGGGGGCGGAAGAGGGAGGAGCAUGGGGAAUGGGGGCGGAAGGAGGAGGAGCAGUGUGAAGGGGAGCAGGGGGGAAGGCGGGAGGGGAACGGAAGCGGUCAGUUGGUGGUGUCGGGCGGAUGGAAGGCAGGGGGCAGGGGCAGGCGGAAGUGGGCAGAGGACACACGGAAGUGGCCGUUUUGGGCGGCUCUGUACUGGCCGCACCGGUGGGCGCUGUUGCUGCUGGCAGUGAUGUUUCUCGGGGAGUCGAUGCUUCAUGUGGUCAAAGCCGUGCUGCUGUAUCGCAUCGUAAGUGCUGCUGUAUCGCAUCAAUUCUCAAAAACUCCCUGCACAGCAGCAGGGCUGGCUGGGCGCACUGGCAGUGGCGCUGGCCGCGCUGACCCAGCAGCUCUGCUACCGCGCAUACGUCUCCCCUCCCCUUUCCUUCCCCUCCACCAGGUCGCCUACCUGGAAGCGUGUGACAGCAGCAGCAGCAGCAGCAGCAGCGAGGCAGGACAGUGUGGGCCCACGGAGGGCUACCUCACGGCAGCAGGGAUGGGCGCAGUUGCGGUGGCUCUGGCCGUGGUGACCCAGCAGCUCUGCUACCGCGCAUAUGUCGUCUCCACCAACACUCGCACUGCCGCCAUCAGCGCAGUGCAUCGUCACCUCCUCACGCUCACCGCCAGUGCGCUGAGCCACGUCAGCAGCGGGCACUGCAUCAACCUGCUGUCCAAUGACGUGCGCCGAUUGGACGACCUGGUGUUCUGCAGCCAGGCGCUCUGGGUGGCUCCAAUCGAGCUUGUGUUGGUCACGUGGCUUAUAGCGAGGGAGAUCGGAUGGGUGCCCACCAUCGCUGGCAUUGGCACUCAACUGCUGCUUCUUCCGCUACAGCCUGCAGUGGACAGCCGCCCUCAACGCCGUGACGGCUGCACUCUACUUCUCAUUCACCUCCGUGGUGGCUUUCUAAGUCACCUACAAAUCCCCUCCAUCCUCCCCUCUCGUCUUCCACGCAGCCUGCAGUGGACAGCCGCCCUCAACGCCGUGACGGCUGCACUCUACUUCUCCUUCACCUCCGUGGUCGCCCUCGUCACCUUCGCCACCUUCACGUGCCUCGGAGGGCAACUCACCGCAGCCUCUGUGUUCUACGUGCUUACUCUCCUCGAGGUGCGCUGCACCUCUCCUUGCUUCCCUUCCAUGCACCUCCAUCGAGCCAUCCGAAAGGAAAACUGCAUCUCUCACAGCGUGCCUCAGAGGGCACCUCUCACGGCGGCCGCUGUGUUCUACAUGCUCGCUCACGUUCCUCCAGGUACGUCUUUCCUUGCUUCCGUGCCCCUCAGCCGAGCGCUCACGCUUCGUGCUAACUCAGUUCUUGAGGCGCCUCAUAAACACCCUCACGUGCCUCGGAGGCCAACUCACAGCGGCGCUGUGUUCUACAUGCUCGCUCAUGCUCCUAUUGAGUCGACUCAAAAGCAUACGUGCUCGCUCAUGCUCCUCGAGUCCACUAACAUGCCCCACACUUCCCUUCCUCCCCUCCCUCCGUUCCCUCCGCUCCUCCCUCCGUUCCCUCCGCUCCUCCCUCCGGUCCCUCCGCCCCUCCAUACCAUAUCCCCACAGAUCCCGCACUACACCAUGGGGUGGAAGUCCUCACCAUCCUCGGAGCUCGCCUCACAGCCCAGCCACAGCCUCUCCUCCUCUGCUCCCUCACGCCUUCCCUGCCCCCCCCGUGCUGCCUUGGUGCUUGAAAGGGCUUCUUUUGCUUGGGGAGAAGCAGCCGGGGAGGUUAAGGGCGAGGGGAAGUGGGAGAGCAAAGAGGAAGGAGGAAAGGGAUUCAGAGGAAGGAGGAAAAAGCAAGCGCUUGAGGCGAUUGCCGAGUCGACUCAAGCAUCGGCCGGGCAUGUUCUGGAUGUCACCGAGCCUCGCACGGUCGAUGGCACGCCUUAUGGCAAGGGCUACAUGAGCAGAGUCAGGAGUUUCCGACGCAUCCCCAAGGCUUUCCGCGCGCGUUCCCUGCAGCGAUUCAUGAGCUUUCAUGCUGCUGCUGGCCCUUCCCCUGCUGUUGGCCCUUCUGCUGCUGCUGCUUCUGCUGAUGCUGCUGGUGCUGCUGCCUUGGAGGGCACGUGUGUGACUGCACAGGAGGAGCAAGAGGGGCAUGUUGAGAUAGACGGUGCACGCGCACCGAGCGGUCGGGUGGAGGGAGUGAGCGUGAGGGUGGGAGAGGCAGAGCUGCUGGGAGUCACUGGCAAGACUGUUCUACUGUCUGCUGUGCUGCCUGCUGUGCUGCCUGCUGUGCUGCCUGCUGUGCUGCCUGCUGUGCUGCCUGCUGUGCUACCUGCUGAUGGCAAGUCACUGCUGCUGCUGGGUAUCCUCGGGGAAGUGCCUCUCUCAUCCGGCGCCAUGCACCGCUCCGUGCCCUCCCUCGCCUACGCAUCGCAGCAGGUCUGCCUCCCAUUUGCUGCUCAACCUUUGCUACUCGUCUCUCUCUCACCCCUUCCCUACCCACUCCCGCUCCUCAUUGAGGGGACGCCGUUCCUCAUCGAAGGCACGGUGCGUGAAAACAUCCUAUUCGGCACACCGCUAGACGAGGCUCUCUAUGCCAAGGCUCCCCUCCGCAGUCCCAUUUCCCCAUCACCCACUCCUCCCCUUUGCCCACUCCUCCCCUUUGCCCUCUCCUCCCCUUUGCCCUCUCCUCCCCUUGCCCUCUCCUCCCCCCUGCCCUCUCCUCCCCUUUGCCCUCUCCUCCCCUUUGCCCUCUCCUCCCCUUUGCCCUCUCCUCCCCUUUGCCCUCUCCUCCCCUUUGCCCUCUCCUCCCCGCCUCUAUCUCCUCCCCGCCUCCAUCUCCUCGCCACUCUCUCUCAUUCUGCUAGUUAUCGUGUUGGACGCCUGUGCGCUCCGCGCGGACUUGGCCCUAUUGCCACCUGCGACAGAGUGAUGGUGCUGGAUGGUGGCAGAGCAGCGGUGUGUGGCGUGUGGAGUGACAUCUGUGCCCUGCCCGUUGCUCAGCAACACUGUGACAACCCCCCUUUGGGGCCAGACAGUGACAGUGCCGUCUGUGCCACUGCCACUGCCACUGCCACUGCCACUGCCACUGCCACUGCCACUGCCACUGCCACUGCCACUGCCACUGCCACUGCCACUGCCGCUGUCACUGGCUCUGGCAGCAGCAGCACGAACACUGAUGCUGCAGUGCCGCCGCUGCCAGAGCUGACACACAGCACUGCUGCCACCGUUGCUCACCCACAGCGCUGCACAGGCAGCGGCAGUGGCAGUGGCAGUGGCAGCGCUGUGGAUCGCGACUUGAGCUGUGAGAGUAACAGCACAGAUGCACCAGCAGAAUGCGAGGAGGAGUGCACUCACAGGGACUCGUCCUUGAGAGGAAGCGAAGAUAAAUGCCCCGUCAUAAGGACGAGUCCCUGUGAGUGCGCUCCUCCUCGCAUAGGAACAGACGCUGAGGUGGAGAGGGUAGAGGCGGCCAAGGAGGGCGUUCAAAGGUCAUCGCCGUUGAGAGGAAGCGAAGAUGUGGCGGGGAGAGCAGAGGGGUUGAAGGGAUUGGAAGAUUCAUGCAGGGAAGGGGAGAGUGUCCCACGUGGGGAGAAUUCUGAGUCGAUUCAAAGAGACUCGUCGUUGAGAGGAAGUGGCGGAGACAGCAGAGAAGGGGAGACAGCAGAGGGGGUGAAGGGGCUGGAAGAUGCAUGCAGUGAAGGGAAGAGCGUCCCACAUGGGCGCCAGGGUGCCAAGGGCUCGUUGCACAAGUCAGGAAAAGGACCAUUUGCAGCAAGGAGUUACUCCCUCUUCCGGAGAGUGCAGGAGGAGGAGGAGGAGGAGGAGGCGAGUGGCUCCUCAGAAGGCGACGAGCAAGGCCUGCUGGACGUGGAAGGGUGGCAGCGCGGUGCCAUCCCCCUGUCGGUGUUUUGGGGCUACGCCAGAAAGAUACGCGUGCUGCCUCUGCUGCUCUUUGCCGCCCUCUUCCUCGCCGCACACGUCUCCAACGCUCUCGUCAGCUGGUUCCUCGGCUUGUGGACAGAGGCCCCCGAGACCACACCCCGCCCGCUCGCCACCCUCACAGCCAUCGCCCUGUCUUGCGUGGUCCUCUCCCUCCUCGCCUCUCUGCUCCUUCACUUUGCCGCGCUGAGAGCCUCCUCCCGCAUGCACUCACUCAUGCUGGUGUCUGUACUCAAGUCGCCGCUCGCCUUCUUCAACCGCAACCCCACGGGCCGCGUGCUGAACCGGUUCAGUGAGGACCUCGGGGUGACUGAUGACGUGCUGCCCCAGCUGCUGCUGGAUUUUCUGAAUCCCUUCGGCCUGUGCUUUGCCGCGGUGGUAUCGGCAUGCAUAGCUGUGCCGUGGACACUCAUCCCCAUGCUGCCGCUGCUGCUGCUGCUGCUGCACCUGCGGCAUCUGUACGUGUGCACGGCCAUGGAGGUCCGACGUAUGGAAUGCACAACACGCUCCGUGCUGCUCGCCCGCUUCCUCGCCACCAUGGAGGGCCUGACGACCAUCCGGGCCUUCUCCCAGCAGCGCCGCUUCCACCGCCUCUUCCUUUGCCACGUCACCGCCAACGCCAGCCCGCACCUAUUCUGGAUUGCCACGUGGGAGUGGCUGGGCUUCCGAUUGGACCUCCUCGUUGCCGCCGCCCUGCUCUCCGCCACCCUCGCCGCCGUGGCGCUGCGCCACUCGCUGCCGCCCGCCAUGGCCGCGCUGGCUUUGUCUUAUCUGCUGCAGCUGCCGGACUCGCUGCGGUGGGCGCUGCAAUACGGCGUGGAGCUCGAGAACACGUUCACCAGUGUUGAGCGCACACUCGAGUACACCACGCUGCCAGGGGAAGAGCCCUCACCUGCUAAAAGUAAACUCAAGCAGCAGCAGCACAAGUGGCAGCAGCAGCAGCAGCAGCAGCAGCAGCAGCAGCAGCACAAGUGGCAGCAGCAGCAGCAGCAGCAGCAGCAGCAGCAGCAGCAAGACCCCACCACCAAAUCCUCCAUGCCCAGCUUGCUGUUCGGAGCACUGCAAACAGCAAUCAGGCGCCUGCCCUUUAAGCCACUAUUCUCUCACAAUCCGCCUUCCACCCACUGCCAAGCCACCGAUGCAGCACCAAACAGCAAGGAGGAGGGGUACAGUGGAAUCACCCUUAGCUCACCCUGGCCGUCAGCACUGACGGCCGAUGGAAUCACCCUUAGCUCACCGUGGCCGUCAGCAGGGGCAGUGCGAGUGGAGCAGCUGACAGUGCGGUAUGGCAGCACGGGGCUGGCAGUGCUGCGCGGAUUGAGCUUUCGGCUCGCAGGGGGAGAGAAGUGCGGUGUGGUGGGGCGAACAGGCGCCGGCAAGUCCACCCUCAUGCUCGCGCUGCUGCGGUUGGUGGAAGCCUCUUCAGGCAGCAUCUGCAUCGAUGAGGUGGACAUUGCAUCGCUGCCACUCGCCACCCUGAGAAGCAAGGUGGUGGCCAUUCCUCAAGAGCCGGUUCUUUUCAGCCAGUCACUGCGAUUCAACCUUGACCCAAUGGGUCACCCUCCCGAACCCCGUUUCGCACCCCCCAUUCCCUCCCAUCCUGUGCUUUAUCCCUCUCGUUCCCCUAUCACAGCCUCCACAAUGACGAGUCCCUGUGAGCACGGCAGUACUGGCAACGGUGCGCGUAAAGCCGCUGGUGGCCGCUUUUCAGUCAACUCAGAAAUCACUUGCACCCUUCCAUACCCCACCUCACCACCCCCCAUGCCCCAUCACAGGCAGCACAGUGACGAGGCCCUGUGGCAGCACAGUGACGAGGCCCUGUGGUCGGUGCUGGCAACGGUGCGCCUAAAGCCGCUGGUGGCGGGGCUGCUGGGCGGGCUGGAUGGUGCCCUGGCUCAGGGCGGUGGGAACCUCUCCCUGGGGCAGAAGCAGCUUCUCUGCCUCGCACGAGCUUUGCUUGCAUCGACACGCGUGUUGCUGAUGGAUGAAGCGACAGCGAGCAUGGAUGGGGAGAGCGAUGCAGUAAUUAAAGCCAUUCUACUUGAGUCAUUUAAGGAUAGCACCGUCAUCACCAUCGCACACCGCCUCUCGACCGUUCUUGAUUACGACCAGGCAAGUCAGAAGAGCGUUGUGUGUGCCUCCUGCUCACGUCCAUGUGAUGUGUGCGCGCACACCCUUCAUGCCAACGUCUGUGAGUGCAUGUGCGCACACCCUUAA